UCAUCACCAUCAAGUUCUCAGACCAGCACGUCCCAGGAAGUCCGUUCUCGGUGAAGGUGUUGGGCGGCGGGCGGCUGAAGGAGAGCAUCACCCGGAGACGCCAGGCGCCCUCCGUCGCCGCCGUGGGCAGCACCUGCGACCUCAACCUCAAGAUCCCAGGGACCUGGUUCCACAUGGUGUCGGCGCAGGAGCGGCUGACGCGCACGUUCACGCGCAGCAGCACGUACACGCGCACGGAGCGCACGGAGAUCAGCAAGACGCGCGCCGGGGAGACCACGCGGGAGGUCCGCGUGGAGGAGAGCACGCAGGUCGGAGACCCCUUCAGGGACGUGUUCGGGGACUUCCUGGGCCGGGACGGGCGCGGCGGCUUCAGCGCCCGGCAACCGCCGCCGCUGCAGGACGGUGAGACGGGCAGUGCAGAGAUGACGGCCCAGGUGACGAGUCCCGGGGGACAGACGGCGGACGCUGAGAUCCUGCGCGGCGAGGACAGCGCCUACAGCGUGCGCUUCGUCCCGCAGGAGACGGGCGUCCACACGGUGAACGUCCGCUACCGCGGCCAGCACGUCCCCGGGAGCCCCUUCCUGUUCACCGUGGGGCCCCUGGGGGAGGGGGGGGCACACAAGGUCCGGGCUGGGGGGACCGGGCUGGACCGGGGCGUCGCCGGGAUCCCAGCUGAGUUCAGUAUCUGGACCAGAGAGGCCGGAGCGGGGGGGCUGUCCAUCGCCGUGGAGGGACCGAGCAAAGCCGAGAUCAGCUUCGAGGACCGGAAGGACGGAUCCUGUGGCGUCGCCUAUGUGGUCCAGGAGCCCGGGGACUACGAGGUUUCCAUCAAGUUCAACGACGAGCAUGUCCCAGACUCUCCGUUCAUCGUCCCUGUCGCCGCGCUGUCUGACGACGCUCGCCGUCUCACCGUCUCCAGCCUGCAGGAGAUGGGGCUCAAGGUGGGGCAGGAGGCGUCCUUCGCGGUCCAGCUGAACGGGGCCAGAGGUCUGAUCGACGCUAAGAUCCAGACGCCGUCAGGGGCCACCGAGGACUGUUACAUAACCGAGCUGGACAACGGUAACACGGGGGGGGCUGUGGUUGGUUUAGUUUCAGAGCUCAAAGCUGCAGAGAAACCACCUCAACUGGACCUGGAUCAGUUAGACCUGGACCUGGACCUGAAGUCUUCACUGAGACCGCCGACAUCUUUUGUGAGACCCAUCAGAGACCAGACCCUGCUGGACCUGGACCUGGACCCAGCUGUGUGUCCAUGCAGCCCCCGUUCCUUUAAUAAAGACCUGUAA